AUGGCCGAUCCCGAGGCCCAGUGCGAGCAACUGGCGCAGAGGUUCGGGAGAAAGUGCAUGACCUUGGACGAGAACGGUGUGGAGGGUGCUGCAGCUGGCGGCCAGCCUUCUGGCCUUGCGGCGAGCGCUGGGCCGCACCCUGCCGCCCGUGACGCUUCCAACAGGGGCCUGGGCGUCAUGUUCGUCGCCCUCGACCUCGUUCCAGGCCAGUACCUAGGUGGCGCCAGCGCCGAGAAACUCACUUCUCUCGGCGCGCUGCUCAGGCUCCCAGAGCACAUCGCGCCGCCGCAGGUCGGGGCACGGCGCUCUGGAGCGCCCUUCCGGGGCGCUCGGCUGCCCCGGCUCUACGGGACGUUGAAGGAGUGGAACUCGCAGAAGGCUGGCGCGGCCUACCGCUCCAUCCUGUCGGGGGAAGAGCAGGGCCGGGGAGUGCAGUGCGUUGCGAGGCGCCUCACGCGCUUCACUGCACAGCGCUGCAGCGUGGAGCACAUCACUGGAAUGAGGGCCCCAGUUUCAGCUCCUGGGUCGGCGGCCGCGGAUGCUGCGCUGUGCCCGGCGCGGUGCCGGGCGCUAGCCAUCGCGCCGCAGGGGGGCGAGGAGGUGGUCCGGCUGCUGGAGGCCGCAGGCGGCCGCGCCGCCGUCGUGGUGCCGCCCGAGCGCUGGCCCGAGCUUCGCAGGGACCUGGCGCAAAGGGCCGGCGUCGAGUGGGGAGCCGAGCGCGAGGAGAUGUACGAGCCGCUCUGGUUCGUGGACCGCGCGCAGGUGGAGCACUUGACCGCCCCCCUGCGCGCCUGCGAUGCGCGGGGGCGGCCGCUCUGCGCGUACCUCCGGGGCGCGCAGGAGGCUCUCACCCCGCUGUCGGCGGCCCUCGGCGCCUUCGACCGCGUUCUGGACUGCCGUGGCCUCGCGCGCGGCGAGCAGGCCGCGCUGGAGCAGCAGGUGCGGCAGCUCAUGGCCUUCAUGCUCCCGGGCGCAGAGGCGUCACGGCGGCGGCGUCGCCGCAGCGCCAGCGGUGCCCAAGGCGGUGCCGCCGCAGAGUCGCCGAAGAAGGCGACGAGAGAAGAGAGGGAGCCGCCCCUAAGCCCAGCGGUUGCGUUUGUCUCCUCUGUGCUCAUGGUCUCCAGGAGCGAUUGCAGGCCAUCUGCGGGAAGACCUGCAAGGUGCACUCGAUGCGCGCCGCCUCGACGAUCCCAGAGACUGGCGCGGCCCCACCGCCAUUCCGCGCUUACCUUCUG